CCGUCCUCCGCCCCCUCUCUCGCGGACCCUGUUGUGUCGAGUCGCGCGGCAGCGGGGCAGCACAGGAGCGCGCGCGCGCGAGCCGACCCGUUCGUCCGGCACGCGGCGACGCGAUUUCAGCACCGCGAGGAGCGAACAGCGCCCGGCCGGCCCGCGAGCCCUGAGGCUGAGUCAGAGUCACCCGGUGAUCCUCAGCCGCUCAUCACUGACAUCAUCAGCCUCCUCGACCGGAGCGGGAGGACACCGGCGGCAGCGAGUCAGUCAGUGUGCGCGGAGAGCCCGAGACGAGAGGGGUUCGUGGGAAUCGAUGGCGCCGCGGAGCCUCACACCCGUCCGAUCGCUGCUGCUGCUGGUCCACAUGGUGGCCCUGAGCGUCACCCGGAGCGGCUCCAUGCCCACACUUCCAGUGCCUGGCGGCGUGGCAGACAGAACGCUGUACGACAGAGGACUGAGCGAGGAGCGGCCCCUGCAAGAACAGAUUGCACAAGCAGACAGUGUGAGCCAGGCUGACCCUGCAGACAGCGAACGGCUGUCAAACCCGAAGGCAUCGCAGAUGGAUCCGGACAACGAUGAUUUCAGUCUGCUCAAGUCUUUGGCCGAGAGGUCGAGGGACCCAGACAACGAGACUCCCGACGCAGAGGACCCGGAAGACCGCUACUUCACUGACGAUUCAGACUCGACCAAGAACAGAAGGCUGGCAGAAGACUAUGACUCCACCAAAAACAGCAUGGACUACAAGGACCAAGAUGACACAGAAAGUUUUCACACAGUUGACGGCACCCCAUUGACAGCGGAGGACAUCGUCCGGAAGAUCGCAACCAAAAUAUACGAGGAGGACGACCGAGGAGUGUUCGACAGGAUCGUGUCCAAACUCUUAAAACUUGGACUAAUCUCGGAGAGCCAAGCGGAGACGCUGGAGUACGAGGUGGCCGAGGUCCUGCAGGAGCUCAUUGCCAAGAACGCCAAGGACAACGAGGUGGAGGCCCGCAACUCGGACUACCCCGCGUCCAGGGUGGACGAGGACGAAGACGUAGGGGAAGACCCUGAGCUGGACUCGGUAGGAACAUGGGACGAGGGACAGGACGUGUUAGAGAUUCCUGACAGGAAGUACGAUGAUGAGGUGGAGACGGAGGACAGCGAGGAUGGCGAAGACGUGGUGGAUGACAACUGGAACCCUGCCAAUGAAGUGGACCACAGGGAAGACGGGGGGUCCGAGGAUGGUCUGCAGGACCUGCAGUACUUCCCGAACUUCUACAACCUCCUGAAAAGCCUUGACUCUGAAGAAGACGCAGAAGAGAGAGAAACUCUCAUCACCAUCAUGAAGACGCUGAUCGAUUUUGUGAAGAUGAUGGUGAAAUAUGGCACGAUCACACCCGAGGAGGGAGUGUCAUAUCUGGAGAACCUGGACACCAUGAUUGCCGUGCAGACGAAGAACAAACUGGGAAAAUCGCUGAUGACACCUGACGUCCAGCCACCCACAGAGAAGCCCAGCGAUGAGUCCGACAACACGAAGGCAGAGGCGGCCAAGAUGCAGAAGGAAUAUGAGUCGCUCAAAGACUCGACCAAGGACAAUCAGGCUGUGGCGGAAACAGAUAAUGCCGGGAAGUCCGAAACCUACCUGGAGGCCAUCAGGAGGAACAUCGCUUGGCUUAAGAAGCAUAACAAAGACGCAAAUAAGGGAGAUUACGACCUGUCCAAGCUGAGGGAUUUCAUGGACCAGCAGGUGGACUCCUACAUCAACAAGGGCAUCCUGCAGAAGGACGAAGGCGAAGUCAUCAAGCGCAUUUACAGCAGCCUCUAGACUCCGUGAGGACGCGGUCGCCGGUCACGGAGCGGAGAAAGUAAUCACAUGCGUGUCGGAAAUAAACCUAGGCAAAAAGAAAAAAAAAAAACAAAAAAA